AUGGAUUUUCCACCUUCUCACACUUUCAUCUUUCAAACUCAUGAAGAUCAUCAUCAUGAUCAACUUCAUUCAUCUUCAACCUCUCUCAACUCUUUCCCUUCCUUUCCACCUCAUCAACACUUUCAAGGUGGUGGUGCAUCUUUCAUGAUGAAGAGAUCCAUGUCAUUUUCAGACAUAGAGAACAAUCAUAAUCAUAAUCACAAUCACAACUACAAUCAUCACAACAAGUGUGGUGAAUUGAUGCAUGGUGAUGAAGAUCAAUUAUCAGAUGAUGAAGGUUACUCCCAACUUGGUGAAAAGAAGAAGAGAUUGAGUUUAGAACAAGUGAAGGCACUUGAGAAGAGUUUUGAGAUUGGAAACAAACUUGAACCUGAGAGAAAAAUGCAAUUAGCAAAAGCUUUGGGAUUACAACCUAGACAAGUAGCUAUAUGGUUUCAAAAUAGAAGAGCAAGGUGGAAAACAAAGCAACUUGAGAAAGAAUAUGAAGUUCUUAAGAAGCAAUUUGAAUCCCUUAAAGCUGAUAAUGAUGCUCUUAAGGCUCAAAACAACAAAUUACAUGCAGAGUUACAAACUCUAAAGAAAAAGGAUUGCUUUGAAAAUGGAAAAGCUAGUCUCAAAAAAGAAAAUGAAGGUUCAUGGAGUAAUGGAAGUGAUAACAGUUCAGAUAUGAAUUUAGAUCUUUCUAGAACACCAAUGAUGAGUAGUCCUGUUUCUUCACAAAAUGGUAAAAGUCUUAUGCAAACUUCCCUUAAGCCUACAAGCAUGACACAACUCCUUCAUUGCUCAACAAGAUCUGAUCUUCAAGAUGAAAGCUUUUGCAACAUGUUUCACAACAUUGAUGAGCAACAAAGUUUAUGGCCAUGGCCUGAUCAGCAGCCGCACCAUUUCCAUUAA